AUGACGUUGUACGAGAAUUGGGAUGCUUUUCAGAGGGCGGCAGAACUUCUUUAUGGAAAGAAUCCCUCUAGAUUCAGGAUUGUUUCAAAAUACCGUCAUAAUGAUCCAAUACUUGUGGUGAAAGCAACAAAUGACGUUGAGACUCUCAAAUUCGAAACAAAUUUGGCUCAGGAUCUAAAAAAUUAUGAUAAAUUCCUCGCCUUACUAAUGAGGAGCAUGGCGUCGAAGUGA